AUGGUUUUAGCUUCUCUUUGUGCUGUUUCCUUGUCACAACCAUCACAAUCGAUCACUUCUUGCUUAAGUAAAAACCAUGUCACAAAUUUCUCUCUUCUACCAACUUCACAUAGUCAUUUCAACACAACAUCUUACUACAAUCUUCUCCAAUUUUCUCUCCAAAAUCUUCGAUUUUCGACCCUUAAAACCCCGAAACCAUCUGUUAUUAUACUCCCAAAGAGCAAAGAACAACUUGUAAGCAGUUUUCUUUGCUCUAAGAAAAAUGGUUAUGAGGUUAGGAUUAGGAGUGGUGGGCAUAGUUAUGAGGGCAUUUCAUCCGUUUCAACUGAUGGGAAACCAUUCGUGAUCAUUGAUAUGAUGAAUUUAGAUCGAGUAGAGGUGAAUUUACGAUCGAAAACAGCUUGGGUUGAGGGUGGUGCAACCACAGGUCAAGUGUAUUAUAACGUAGUAACACAAUCUAAGGGAGUUUAUGGAUUCUCUGGUGGUAAUAAGUGCUGGUCAAUGGGGUUUGGUGGUCAUGUAUUAGGAGGUGGUUUUGGGUUUUUGUCUAGGAAAUAUGGGCUGGCUGCAGAUAAUGUGGUCGACGCCCUCCUCGUGAGCCCAACCGGUAAAGUCUUGGACCGGGCUGCCAUGGGGGUGGACGUGUUUUGGGCCAUUCGCGGUGUUGGUGGGGGUAGUUUAGGAAUUGUCUAUGCUUGGAAGAUUAAUUUGGUGAAGGUGCCUCCUAAGGUUACUACGGUUAAAGUCUUAAGAAAUGGUCAAGUCAAUGAAAUUUCUAAAUUAGUGCACAAAUGGCAAAAGGUAGGGCCUUUCUUACCAGAUGAAUUUUUCCUUUCGGUUAUUAUUAAAGCCAAUAAUACUGAUAAAAAUGAUACUAAUAAUAUUGCUGCAUUAAUUUUUGGGCAAUACCUCGGACCAAAACUUGAAGCAAUCUCUAUAAUGAACGAAUUGUUUCCCGAAUUGAGAAUCAAGGAAAAUGAGUGCAAAUAUAUGAGUUGGAUAAAUUCGGUUUUGUACUUCACCAGCCUAGGUGAACGAGGCACAAUCGAUGAUCUAAAGAAUCGAUUUGUACGGAAUAAAAUCUAUUUCAAAGCAAAGUCGGACUAUGUAACAACACCAAUUCCCAUAGAUGGUGUACGUGGUGUCAUGAACAUACUCGCCAAGGAGACUAAGGGUCAUAUCACGAUGGACCCUUACGGAGGUAAAAUGGCUCGAAUAGCCAACAACUCGUUGCUUUUCCUCAUCGAGAAGGUAAUCUCUUCAACAUCCAAUAUUCUGCGGUAUGGGGAAAAGAGGAUGAUGUGA